AUGCUGGGCAGUCGGCAGUGUUGUGUGAAAGGAUGUAAAUCGAAUUCACGCAAGAAAGACCCCGAAAUAUCUUUUCAUAGGUUACCAAAAAAUUUAAAAACCAGGGCAAAAUGGAUUGAAAAUAUUGGGCGACGUGAUUGGAAUCCUACACCAAAUACAUAUAUUUGUUCUUUACAUUUUGAAAAAAAUUGCGUAAAUCGCACUUUAAAUGUACCGCGAGUGAAAGAUAACUGUUUUCCAACAAUAUUCCCGCAUGUAAUUGCACCAGAUGAAUCAAAUUCUCAAGCAAGUACAUCUAAGGACUACUCUUUACAAUUGCAAAGAAAAGAAUUAUCUUCAACAACACAUUACAUUCAAUGGGAUCAAACAUAUGCGUCAUCGAGCACAGAGCAGGUCUCAACAGUUAUCAUUCAAAAAAUGACAAACAAAAUCAAGACGCAACAAAAAAAAAUCAAGAGACUAAAUGAAAAAGUUAGAAGACAAUCAAAUAAAAUUUUUAAUUUGCAAUCAGUUUUAACAAACAUUGAAAAAUAAAAACUUAAAACUCGAAUAGACACUGGUCUAAAUAUAGACUGUGAUUCGCUAGAAGAGGCAAAGGAAAGUUUUGUGAUGUUACUAACUGCCAUUAAUGGCAGUUGGAAAAUACCUGUGGGAUAUUUUUUAGUAGCGUCCCUAACUGGUGAACAAAAAUGUAAUUUGGUUAAAAAGUGCCUAAACUUAGCUCAUGAAAGCGGUAUUAAGGUUGUUGCACUAACUUGUGAUGGCCCACCUUCUAACAUCACAAUGUUAAAAGAAUUAGGGUGUGACAUUAUGCACAACCAAAAAAAAACGUGGUUUGAAUAUCUUAAUAGUAGAAUUCAUGUAUUUCUGGAUCCGUGCCAUAUGGUAAAACUAAUCCGCAACACGUUUGGUGAACUUAAUUUUUUACAUAUGAAACUAAGCAAAUUAAAUUUGAUUUUAUACAAUAUUUAAUUGAUUUACAAGAAAAUGAAGCUUUACAUUUAGGCACAAAAUUAACGAAAUCGCAUAUAUAUUUUUUUAAACAAAAAAUGAAAGUACGACUAGCUACCCAACUAUUUAGUAAUUCGGUUGCAGAUGCUCUGCAUUUUUGUGAAAAUAUUUUAAAAAUAGAAAAGUUUUCAGAUAGUUCUUCUACUGCUAACUUCAUUAAAAUAAUAAAUGACGUCUUCGACGUGUUAAAUAGUCAUUCAAUGCGGCCUCCUGGCUGGAAAAAGGCGAUAUGUGCACAGAAUAUCGAAAGAGUAACUAAUUUAUUUAGCGAGGCUGAACAUUAUAUAAGAAAUUUAAAACUAGCUUCUGGGCAAUAUGUUAUAACAUCACGUAGAAAAACUGGAUUUAUAGGUCUUUUGGUAGACAUGAACAGUGCCCUAAAUUUAUUUAAAUUUUUAGUUACAAAAGAGGAGAUAUUAAAAUAUUUGCCAUUGUAUAAAAUAUCCCAAGAUCACCUGGAAAUGUUUUUUUCUGCCAUUAGGUCCAAAGGUGGCUAUAACAAUAACCCAAAUGCGGUACAAUUUAAGGCGGCUUAUAAAAAAAUAUUGAUCAGAGCCGAAAUCCGAGAUAAUGGCGUAGGUAAUUGUAUACCUCUUGAACAAAUUAAUAUAUUAAAUUGUUCUAGUAAAAUAUCUCCAACAAAAAAUAUAAAUAAUUUGACUGCUAGGAGUAGCUUUGUCGAAAUUCCCGAAGAUGACAGCACUCUCUAUGAUAAUUACUUAAAUUAUUUAAAUAACACUACAAGCGAGUAUGCGGAGCACGUUAUUGUAUAUAUAGCUGGUUUUAUUACUAGAGUCUUAUGCCGAGAACUGCAGUGUUACGAGUGUUUGUCACUCAUUCGGGGCUGUGAGAAUGAUUUUUCGAAUAGUUUGAUAAAAGUAAAAUCAAGGGGUGGAUUGACAUAUCCCUCACGUUGUGUAUUAAAAAUUGUAAGAGACACAGAAAAAAUUAUUAAGCCACAAUUAAAGGCUGGAGCUAAGGUUGAAAAUUACUAUACAUAUAUUUUUAAAUUUUUAAUAGAUCAUUUUGAAUAUGCGAAUGUUUUAGUAUCUAGUGAUUUAGAGCACGAUUGUACACACAAACUGCUUUUAAUUAAAGCAAUAAUAAAUAAAUAUAUUGAUAUAAGAUUUAAAUAUUUCGGGAAGAAAAGUACAGAAAGAGUGUCAUGUAGAAAUUACUUGACAAAGAUGAUUUUGUUUAAAAAUGAAUAAUUAUAAAUAAACGUUUAUUUUGUCUUA